GAGGACUUGGAUACAGAGAGCAUCUUUCACAGCUGAGGCUCUGACGUACUGGAGGACACUGCAUCUGCCUCAGUGACAAGGAGAGGGGUGAGCUGGACCCUCUGGAGAGCUGAGAAAGAAAUUGCAUUUGGUGGUCACCUGAGGAACUUAGCUUCAUGCCAGCGCUGCUCUGAAAUGAGUUGAGUCCAACAUUCAUGUCUGGUAAGAUGCCUCAGGAGCAAUACGCGCACAGGAGCACCAUGCAGACCUCGGAAGGGCCCCAAGUAUACAAAGUCGGGAUUUAUGGCUGGAGGAAGAGAUGCCUCUAUUUCUUUGUGCUGCUCCUAAUGAUCUUAAUCCUGGUGAACCUUGCUAUGACCAUCUGGAUUCUGAAGGUCAUGAACUUCACAAUUGAUGGAAUGGGGAACCUGAGAAUCACAGAUAAGGGUCUGAAGCUGGAAGGAGAUUCAGAAUUCUUGAAACCUCUCUACGCCAAAGAAAUCCGGUCAAGACCAGGCAACCCACUAUACUUCCAGUCUGCCAGAAAUGUUACAGUGAACAUCCUCAAUGAGAAGACAAAAGUCCUCACUCGCCUAGUAACAGGUCCCCAAGCAGUGGAAGCACACAGCCAAAAAUUUGAGGUGAAAACCCUCUCUGGAAAAUUGCUGUUUUCUGCAGAUGACAACGAAGUGGUAGUUGGAGCAGAGAGAUUGAGAGUUUUAGGAGCAGAAGGCACAGUGUUCCCUAAAUCUAUAGAAACUCCCAAUGUCAGGGCAGACCCCUUCAAGGAACUAAGACUGGAGUCACCCACACGCGCACUGGUGAUGGAGGCUCCAAAGGGCAUCGAGAUCAACGCUGAGGCCGGCAGCUUGAAAGCCACGUGCAGGACAGAGCUCAGGCUGGAAUCCAAAGAUGGAGAGAUAACAUUGAAUUCUGCAAAAAUCAAACUACCUAACUUGCCUCAAGGAUCUUCCUCUUCUGCAGGGUCCAGGCAAAAAAUCUACGAGCUCUGUGUGUGCCCCAAUGGGAGGUUAUUUCUGUCUCAGGCAGGCACUAGUUCCACCUGCCAGAUAAAUACAAGCGUCUGCCUUUGAGAGACAAUUUGCAGUGGGGCAUCGCAGGCAGCACAAAAGCCAAUUCUGGUCUCCUAGGUUGCAGCUGCCAACUAUUUUUACUAGAACACAGAAAGCCUAUCAAAGACUUUUUUUGUGUGCGCGCGUGUGUGUGAAUAUAUAUAUAAAAAAAUAUAUAUAUAUAAAAUUAUAUAUAUCCUCUGUGUAAAAUGAUGUUUCAGUACAAGGAAUCCCAGGGUGACCCUGUUACAUUUGUGUAGCAUUUCUCUUUCCCACACCAAAAUUUACUGGUACAAUCUACUGAAUUGGGCUUCAUGCUCCCCUGGACCCUUCUGUAAUAGUACAGUCUAAUGAUCACCCCUUGUUUUUGACCAUGUUCUAAGAGUAGUGGGAUUGCUGAGCCCGGAACCAAUGUAGACCCACCAACAUACUAAAAGAAGAGUAGCAUCUCUGAUUAUUUUUGCACCACUAUACCAGUGGCAUGAGGAAAACAGAACAGCCAGAUGUGCUCUACUGCUUGCCUAGAGUGAUCCAAGACACUUGGGGUUAAACUGCACUCUUUAAUUUUCACCUUCUCAGCUCCAUGGCUCCAUGCUGGGAGAGAUGGGUUGCACUUUGCCAAUAGAGAAGUCCUAAUCUUGCUGAAUUACUUUCUCAAGGACUCUGAUUCUUGCCUGUACCUCUAAUGAAUGCCUUGUGCUAUUCAAAUGUCACACUCAGCUCUAACCCCAACCUGAAGUCAUCUCUGGGCUAACAAAAUUAGCACUGUAUUUGUUCUUGAUAGGAAAAAAAGUUAUGAAAAUUGGACUAGAAGAGAAAAAUCUUGAACCAGUUUAAUUAACAGGUGUCCUGGAUUACCCUAUGCAACCUCUAUUACCACCUUUAAUUUUGAAGUGAUCUAACAUACCUGAGAAGGUGUAAGAUUUGGAACUUACCCACCAACACCUAUAGAAACAAAGAAAAUCACCUGUUGAAUUUCUGUGUUUCUAUGGGUUUAUCUGGAUUUGAUGUAUAAUAUCUAUGCUAUGUUAGAAUUUUUGUCCUCUUUCUAUUCGGGAGACACAGUCCAAGAUCACAUACAUUUUGUGGAGGUUGCAAAAGUCAGAGAUGCUGACAAUGAAAUAGAUAUUUUUUUAAGACUCUAGAAAGAUUCUGACAAAUUCAGAUUACUGUGAAGUGAAGGCUUUGGAUGCUGGUUCCUCUAGAAUUCCAGCCCCAGAAUCUCUGUGGUCAGAUCUCUUCACGGGUGUGUUUUUCUUACUGAAGUCAAGGAGUUACUUGAAGGCAGGAUAAACCAUAAAUCUGAUCUGGUGACGUUACCAGUGAUUAACUUUUGAGGAAAAAAAAAAAAACUGAAAUGAGUCCAGAUCUUUUAAUUUUGACCCAUAACUGCAUCCACAUGCAUGUAAAAACCGUUUAGAAACCAAUGUACUAAUAGUGCAAAAGGGUUCAAGUCACAGUAAAUCUCAUGAGGACAGCAAGGUUUCUACACCACUGAGAUGCUACUGAAAAUAUUGCCUCAUGUGCAAACAUGGCAGAUCUGUGCCCAUUCCUAGCAGUAUCUGAGCAAAGCUGGUAUUCUUCAAGCAAUUUUCAAGAUACAAUGUCACUGAUGGUAAUUUGUAGAAAUAAUUUAGCCCUUUCCUUUGGAACAUAUUUCCGCAUGUUUUCAUGUGGUCUGAAAAGUACCAGGGUUUGAUGUUCUUAAAUGAUUGAUUCUAGCCUGAUCCCAAACUGGCUGGACUCAAUGGGAAGAUAUCCAUGGCAUUUUGAUUGGAUGUUGCUUCCCAACAAAGCAACGCUCCCAUAAAAUUUAUUUCUGAAAGAGGAUUGAGUUAUCUACAUAUAUAUCUCUGAUGCUUUCAGAUUAAUGAACAAAUUCAAAUUAUUUGUUAAUGAAUUAUUCCUGUAAUUAUUAUCUUGAGUCAAUGUUCGAAUGCAAAGGGUCACCCAGGAUAACAAUUGUAUUGGGACACAGGACUAUACCAUCUCUGUUCAAAGAGGGGAAUUGUGCCUAUGCCUUAAGUCAAUGCACUCAGCAAGGAGAAGCACAUCAUAUUUAUCUUGUUAUAAAAACUAGUUUAUUUGGGGGGAGGGACAGGAGGGUGUCUUGGGAAAUGGUUGUGCAACUUAAAACAGAUAUUAAUGAAAUGUAUUAAGACUGUAGGGGCACCGAGAGUGACAACUGUUGUUUUUUUUACCACGUUAAAUAUAGCAAAAUACUGUGUAUGUUACCUCUGGGAUCACAAGUGAAGUCCCAUUCAUAGUCCUACAUUUUCUAUAGAUUUUUUUCCCUGUUUCAUUUAAUACUGGUCACACAGGCAUUGUAUCAAGCAUGGCCCAAUUCAUAAACAAAUCCCAUGUUUGCAAGCACGAGUGGUUGUGAAGAUGCAUGCUGCAGGAGGUACAUCAUGUACAGAAAACAAGUUGGGUUAACUUUUCCUUCCCUGAAGGUACCAGUGCCAGUUGGUAGCAUGGGGCUGAGCACAAGGAGUGGCCCAGGGGGGAUACUGUGUCCAAAUCCUUUACUCUGACCCCCAGUGCCCGGUGGUCAGUCCUCAUCCCAAAUACCCUUGGGCUGCUCUGCAGCAAUUUCACUUUGAUCUGAUGGUCUUUUCCAUUGCGGUCUUGGAUGAGAUGAGCACCCUCAUAACUUGGGAAGACCAUAAGAUUGCUUAAGAACGUUAAUUCUGGUAUGACUGUCUGCAGGGGAGCUGUUAGAGAACAGCCUUACACCUCUGUGCCACUACUGUUUUCUGCAGAAAGUGAACAAUGGGUACCUUAAUUAUGCCUAGGUAAAGGAGUUCAAUAUAUUCUACCAUUUUGUCUCCAUUUUUAAAAGUGUAGAAUGAUUUUCUCUGUGCAUGGAGACUGAACCCAUGCAGAGACUUGAAAAACAUUUGACCCUCACUUCAGUUUUAAGACCACAGUUCAGAUGAUGCUGCUUGAUCUUGAGUUGGCCAUGUGAGUAAUCCUCUGCUGUUCAGUGAGUGGCAAACCAAGGCAAGCAGGUUUGCAUCUAUGAGAGUCCAGGGGAAAGAUUGCAUUUUUGUUUAAAAAGCAGCAUGCAGUCACAUCCAGCCACCUCACAGUUCAUAGUUUGUUCUCUGGGGACAGUUGUGGUGUGACUAACUCACCUGCUGGGAGAGGCAGAUGAUUAAGGUUCGGUUUUCCUCCUGCCUUGUUCAGAAACCACUCACAAUUGCUUUACCUGUAUGGGUUGGUUUUCCCUGAGUGCAAAGUAAGUCACAACAUCCCUGUACAUACACUCUACCUGCUGUUGAUAAAUGCCAAAAACAAUUAAGGGUUUGUGUAUUUCUUUAUGAAUUGGGCCUGCAGUUUAGUUCAAUUGAGCAUUUGCUAUGAGGGGAGAUGGCAUUUAUCUCAAAUCAGAGUUUAGUUUUACCUCUCAACUAAGGCAAGGCAGGGGUGGGUGGUGAAUUUGUUCAUGCUGAGCCCAAUGGAAGAGAUGCCAAUGUCUUCGUGGCCUGAGCUAAGGCAGGAGCCUGAUGGGUGAGAAUUCAGGGCACUAAUGCCAGAGGAAACAGUGCCAGCAGCUGUGGUGGCUGUGGAGCUGAACUGACUGCACCGUGUGGGGUCCUGCAUUGCAGCUAUGUGCAUUGCAAACAUUGAAAUGCUAAUCAAGAGACUGUGAUACUAGUGUCAAUGUCCCUUAGGCAACCAGAUAAAGAUAAAUGCUUUUAUGUGUUGUAGCUCUUAACUUUACAGGGUUUUGGGACCUUGUUAAAUUUGCUUUCAAUGCCACACUUCAGUACUGACUGUCAGUGUUUAGCUGUACACCAGUACCUUAUGCAUAUGUCAUGUAUGACCCUUCUGCUGUAAAGAGUUGGGAGGGCGGGUGUGAAGUAAAAAGAUUUUGCCAUUAGCAAAAUCAGAGAUCCUAAUACCAAUGGUACAACCACAUGUGUUCUCCACGUACCUUUGCUUUGGUUGACUUUUAAACUUUUUUGAAGUGUGUUACCUGGUAGUCAGUGAAAUGGGUGGCUGUAGAGUACAAAGAUAUGUAAAAAUGAAAGAAAGUCAUUGAAAAGGGGAGGCCAGUAACUGUGAAAAUAGGUGUGUGACCUCUGUAGGUAUACAUGUUUAGAAAAUGAAGUGAUGUGUAUUUGUUUCUCUCAGUCACAUGCGGUCAAACACCUGGAUUUUAAGAGUUUGUUGGUUUUUUUUUCCCCUCAUUUAAUCACAAGUAUCACAAUGCACAAAGAAAAAAGCUUAAGGCAUUCACCUAGCAGUCCUACCUGCAGUACAGCAAAACAAUAUCUGAAUCAAGAACCCCCCCCUCUAGAAACUACUUGAAGGCUGAGCAGAGAUUCCUAUGGAAACCUGUGAAUAAUCUGGUCAGUUUGCAUCAUACCUAGUUUGCAGUGACAGGUGGUCUUGGAAGAGAUUAACUUUUGUUGUCAUAGCAUACAUGCACAAACACAUAUAUACAUGGUUAGCUGCAUUUGUUUACAACAAAAGACAUAUUUUCUUUAUUUGCAGUUAUGGCUUUAAGUUUCACAUUGCAAAAGACAAUGAGAAAAGACCAAAGAUUACAGAAAUUAAUCCUUUCUCUGGUUGCCCUCACACCUGAAAUGCAUUAACUUUAAUGGUGCUUUUUGGAACUGGGCAGGAAAAACACAGGUUUAUCACAUAGAUGCAUGUGAGAGCAUACAGCAGCAGGAAGCCUUUAAUUUCCUUCAUGGAGAGGAGUGAAAAUAACCUGGAAUUCUUUAGGUGUGUACAGAAGGUAAGGUUACCUGGAAAGAGAAACGUGAGAAAAUAACCUAAACGUUAAGAGAGAUCAUCCUGGGCUGAAGGUGUAACUCAACUGAGGAAAUGUUGGUUGCUGGCUGUGCACUCGAGCAUCAGCAGAUGAGGAUGCUGGUAGGACACACCAAUAUACAACCAACAAUAGCACCAAUAGCACCAACAAUAGCAGGAUGCUCCCGUGAAAACAUCCAGAUCUUCAGUCCUUGGAAUUCACAGUCACCCUGCUCAGUGAAGAAGAGAAACUGUGCUGAAAUAAUUUUAUUAUAAAGAGCAUGCCAUAAAACCAAGAAAAUCUGGGGCUGUUCUGUUUGGCUGAUGGGUUUUUUUGUCUUUCUUUGUUGUUGUUUUUUUUAAUGUCUGGCAUUUUAAAUUUGCAAAUGUCAUCAUCCAGAACUCACCUGAACAAAUGCAGGGAGCGCUCCUGUCAAGCUCUGGCAAUCAGGAAUUGGUGCUCCUCAAAUGAACACAGCAGCGCCUUCAUUCCCAUUGCCCUUCUUGUUGAGGAAUGCAAUCACUGUAACAUUUCCAUUUUCCCCAUUGUAAGCUUUUUCAUCAGCUCUGAAAUUGCUGUGUAAUAUUUCAGUGGCAGUAUUUCUGCAUUAGGGUGGCCUGCAGCCCCCAGUGCCACCUCACACCUCCAAAUACCCAAAUCAACAAGCAUGGGGCAGCAGCACUAAGGUGAAAUUUAGGCCUUUUAGGUAAAUUCUGCGCAACAGCUGCAGUGUUUUCACAGCUGAUGCAGCCAAGUCUACAGCUGUGGCUGAAGCAGAGCUGAACACUGAUGUGGCUCUGAUGAGAUUAUUCAGAAGGAGAAGAGUGCAUUAUGGAAGGUGGACAGGAGGGAGAGGGAAGAAAUGGCUAGAGACAUCACCUUAAUCAUGGUAAUGCAGCAAACUUCUUUGUCUGUUUACACUGUUAUACAUUAAAUUAAUAACAUCCAUUUCACUAAAUAUGGUAGCAGUUAUGUUUGAUCUUCCCUGGUGCACAGUGGAAUUACUUCAAUGGAAGCACUUACAGCUUGGGCUGCUUGAGAUGGCCAAGGUGUUGUUUCCAUCCACAAUAACCACAAUGGCUUGGGGCUCGGAUGGAAAUUAUAGUGAGUGGCUUGCGUUUAGAAAGCUUUUAAAUUUACUGUGCUUGAGAAGCACAUGGUUAUGCACAGAGAGCCCCAAGGCUUUAUCAUUUAAAACUCUCUUGUCCUGCCACCUGAAUUGCGUCGUGUCCACAUGUAAAGGGACGCACUUCUUUAUACAGGAAAAGAUGGAUAUUUUAAACUGUGGGAUUUAUAUCCUGAGCAACGAAGAAAGUGUGAUCAUAGUGAAUUGCUGAGAUUUCCCAUCCAAGUCACAUUAAAUCAGAGAUGCAAGUAAGUCAGUCCCUUAACUUGCUGAUUUGCUAAAGAUGUUAAUUUCUGCAGGAAAGUCAGCCCUGGUGUCACGUCCAGGAAAAGCCUCACCUCGGUGCAGCUCAUUGCCAUGCCACAGCUGGAUCUGGAGGCUGGGUGGGUGGCAGUGGGCUCCUGGCUCAGGGGGCAGCCAGAUUUCCUUUGAGGCCACCAUCUCCAUGGACAGAGUGAGUGUUUGUUUGGUUUAACUAGUGUUAAAAAGUAGGAAGGAUGUCUCCACUGUGGAGCAAUACACAGUUGUGUAUAUCUGUCAUUCAGUUGGCCUGAGCUUUCUGACAGUAAAUGUCAGAAAGAAAUUUGUGCAAAACCCUUAGGUUUAUUUUUCUCUCUGUUCCCAAAUGUUUUGAGUAACAACGUGUGACCUUAGUAAAAAGGUCUUUGUUUUCUCAGAUUAAAAAAGACACUGCCAACCUUUCACCAGGUCCAGCCCAAAUUGAACCUCACCCUUUCUAACAGCUCUACCAUGGGCAGGAAUAGGCCCACUGCAAAGAACAGUUUGUGUGCAUCUCUGCAUGGAGCAAGAAUUUGAAGUUGCAUUGUACUUUCACAUUAUCCCCCGUCAGAAAGGCUUAACUGCUGAUAGGAGAUAAAGCUUCCUGAAGCCUCAUACAGAUCAGUGCAUCAUCCCUUUCUAAAGCAAUGCAGCUUCUUUCUUGUUUCAAAGAUUUCCUCAUAACAGAGUCCUUGAAACAUCGUCAGGCAGGCUCGCGCUGUGGAGCAGAAGAAUAAUUAAUUGUGGGUGGCUCUAUUUCUAUUGAAGGCUGGAUUAUAGUUGAAAGAAUGUUGCUGUCAUUUCUCCCACUCUGAGCUGCAAGCACCACACACACCCCAGCACUCUGACUGCAUUCCUUGCAGGGUUGUUCUAUGUACCCAGGGAGGAAGAGCCUGCUGCUUUGGGCCUCACCUGGGUCUUCCUAGCCUCAUGCACUUACUGUCAGUGCUGUUCUUGAUGUACCAGAUAGCAAAACACAGCAGCAGUGCUAAUGAUUUUAAAGGUGAUGUGUGGCUGCAGUCAUGGUGGUGGUUAUUGGUUGCUGCACUAGGAAUUCUUCGUUCACUCCAAAGGCAGCAGCUGCACUGAGGCCAGGCGGGCACUGGAGCUCUGCUGUUCCCAUGAACUGGGUUGGGUCUGCGCUGUCUGCAAGAUUUCCUUUCUGGGGUUUUCAGAGUUAGGAGUAACAAAGCCUGACCUUCUGAAAGCAGAACUGAGCACUCAUCACUCCUUACAUUUAUGGAAGAAGGGCUCCAUGAUAACAUUCCCACCCAGAUUUCUCCCUAGAUCAGAGCUAUUCCUGAGCCAUGAGCCAGAACUUGUUCUGGAUCUGCACUGUGCAGUACUUUGGGUGCAGGGAAGGGGUUGACCUGCUGGAUCUGACUCAGAUCCAUUCUAUUUCAUUUUAUUUUUUGCCUGCCCCUUAUUUACUUUCUUUGUACAUGAACACUAAUAGAGUUGUUGAUGGUAACCCAACAAAUCCAAACUCCACAUAAUUAAACCCAACAGCAAAACCCCAUUCAACCACAGCAGCAACAUAAAGGCACGACCCCUGUGAUAAUGGCAGUUCUCAUCUGUGAUGGUUAAAUACCUUGUCUGACCUCUACUCUGAUAACCACCAAUGAUCUUGAUAUUGUAAACAGGACAAACAAAUUCUAAAGUCUUAUCACAGUUCUCAUUAGGAAAUUCAGAUUGGUUUGGCUUUUUUCUUUUUAAUUUAUGUAUGUGUGUGGUUGUGUGGGAAAAUAUAAAGCUUUUUUGUAUCAAAUAACAUCAAUCCUUGCACACUCUAUGCAAAAUUUUGUAAGCAUUGCAAUAAUGCUAUGAAUUACACAAGGAACUAUUUUAACUUUAUUACACUUUCUGUAUAAAAAAAAAAACAUUUGUAUUUAAAUGAUUUCAACUGCAAUCUUG